AUGGCGGACUCAUUAUCAGUAGAGAUGAUUAUGGAGGCGAGAAAGGAGCUCAUGGUUCCACCUACUGGUGGAAACCCAACUCUCAGAACUGCACAUUUCCUCAAUCCCACUCUGAAUUCCUCCAUAAGAGACCUUCCUUCACUUUCUAUUCCUACCAUUUCUGAGCUUGACAAAACCCUAUUGAAGAUCGAGUUCAAGGGUCGGCCAGGCCCACAAAAUGGGUGGAAUAGAUGGGUCGAACGCUUACAAUCUGAAUACCAACACGUAUGGAAGAAAGCUGGUAUAUAUGAUGCAAUCUUGGCUAGUACGUACCAAAUCCUUAGACACAAUGAUUUGGUUAUUCAGCUUGCUCAGAGGUGGUGUGUUGACACCAAUACUUUCAUCUUUCCUUGGGGUGAAGCAACUAUUACAUUGGAGGAUAUGGUGGUUUUGGGUGGUUACUCUGUUUUGGGUGACCCUGUUUUUAACCCUCUUCCAACCCUAGACAUGAUUAAAAUUGAAGAACAUCUCAACAAAGCUUAUAGAGAAAUCAGACAAGGCCGUGUUAAAAUCGUAGGCCAUUAUGUGUGGAUGGAACGUUUCAUGGAGAGUGAUGACCCUUUCGAGCACGAAGCAUUUCUUGCCUUGUGGCUGUCAAGGUAUGUCUUCCCAUUUCAUGGUCAAUCUGUAGGAAGGAAUGCUUUUCCGAUUGCAAUUCAUCUCUCUAGAGGGACACCAAUAGCUCUUGCACCAGCAGUUCUUGCUUCCAUUUAUAGUGACUUGACUUGGUUGAAAAAAUCAAUCAAUGCUUUAAGGACUAAUUGUGAGUGGGAAGAUGAUGAUAGAUUGAGUGUCUCUCUCUGGGGGCCAUUUCACUUAGUACAGCUUUGGGCUUGGGAGAGAUUCCCAACGUUGCGGCCUAAUCCCAAUCCCAUCAGCUGUGGAGAGCCGAGAAUGGCUCGAUGGUACUGGGUGAAAAGGCUCAAAGUUGAGAAUGUGGGUAUGGCCAUGGACUCAGCCAGUGAAUGUUUUCAAUGGCGUCCUUAUGCUACAGUUGUGAAUAACUGGAUGUUUAGUAAGUUCUAUAGGGAAAUUGAAGAAUGGGUAUUGGUUGAAUCUGAUAUGGACAAAGAAUUAGAGUCAUUUGCUCGAUGCUUGAGAGCGUGUGAGCUAGUUGGAUUAGACUGCAUAGAACAGUAUCUCCCACAUCGCGUUGCAAUGCAAUUCGGGAUGGAUCAGGAUGUUCCUGGUUAUGUCACUCGAUCCAACCAGACUCCUGAAAUUGCUUGGAGAAACUACAACAGGCCAAUUAUGGAUGCUGAACUAUAUAUACCAUACCGGCUCUUUGAAUCUGAUGUGACCAAACGAUACUCAGAGUGGUGGAAGCAAUCAAUGUUGGCCUCCAAAGAUGCAAUCAAGGGCGUCGUGAGGCAACAACGUUCAAAGACAUACAAAAGAUUGCCACGGGUUUUUAGAGGAAAAUGGAAUGACAAUCAUGACUUUGUUCCUUCUGGUUUUUCUUCCAAACGUGUCAAGGUUGAAGAUGUUGAUGAAGAUAAAUUAACAAUUACAGAAUUGUUGAGACAUUACGACUUUCUUCCUGGUUUUCCUCCCAAACUUACUAGGGUGGAAGAUGUUGAUGAGGAUAAACUAACAAUUGCAGAAAAGUUGAGAUUUUGUUAUGAAAAGCACAACAGUUUCCAAGACAGAACAGCUAGUGACCAUAAGCUUCUGCCAACAAGAAAAUCUCAGAAUUCCUCAACCUCAGAUGUGGUUAAUGGUGUGGGUAGAAAUAUGGAGUCACUGGUGAAACCUAUAGAGAUGAGCAUGCAGGAUAAAACUUUGAUGGGAAGACCAAAAGGGAAUGUUGAAGAUGCAGAUGUAAGUGAAGGAGUGAGUCUGACUAUGAGGGUCUACAAGAAUGGAGAUGAAAGUUUUAGACAUGAGCCAGACAAGAUACGAAGAUUGGAACUUGAGGAUCGGAUUAGCAAGCUUGAGAAAUUGGUUGGAGAGCUGAAAGCAGCAAAUUUGGGCAAUAGUUUGGAGAAAAACCUGCUAUAG